UACCAAUUCGCGUUUCUAAUAUCGCUAAUGUGUAUGUAAUUUUUCAGUGCGUGGUUCGCCCCGCCACUGUAAUGCGCGCCACAGUUGCACAAUCAUAAGAAAUAUACAAGUCGCGUACACAUCAAUCUGCCUAAUUGGUUUAGUAAUUGUGCCUUUAUAUAAAUAGAAUAAAAUAUUCUAAAAUACCAUUAAAGAUAAACAUUCAAAAUGAAUAAUAACAAUGGUUCCGUUAUGUCGUCGCCGAGUGAUUUUCUUGAAGGCUUUGGCCGGAUGUUUUAUGUAAUCGACCCCAAGAAGACGCGGUUUGAAAAGAUCGAGGAAGUGCCGAAUUUUUAUGUGCAGUCAUGGCCGUACUUCUUUACCUUUAUGAUACUGGAGCAUAUAAUUCUGAAGCUUAAGGGUAAACGAGGUAUCAGACUAAACGAUGGCAUAACAAGUAUUUCAAACGGCCUGUUUCUUGAAGGCGGCAGAUUGAUAUGGCGUGGUGCAGAGUUUUAUGCAUACAACUGGAUAUAUAAUAAUUGGAAAAUGGUGGACUUGCCGUGGGAUUCCACAACCACUUGGGUUUUAGCAGCAUUGGGGAUGGACUUCUGUUAUUACUGGAUGCACAGAGCUUGUCAUGAGGUUCACGUUCUUUGGGCGCAGCACCAAGUCCACCACACCUCUGAAGAUUUCAACAUGGGUGUUGGCAUCAGACAAUCUUUCAUACAAGGAUGGUGUGGAUUUGCAUUCUACCUUCCUCUCGCAUUGGCCAUUCCACCAGCUCAGUUCAUGGUUCAUCACCAAUUUAGUUAUCUGUACAUGUUUUGGAUUCAUACUGAAGUAGUUAACAAGCUUGGACCACUGGAAUACUUCUUGAAUACUCCCAGCCACCACAGAAUUCACCACGGAAGUAAUCCCUAUUGCAUAGACGUGAAUUACGGCGGCGUAUUAAUUAUCUGGGAUAAGCUCUUCGGCACGUUCAGAGAAGAAAGGGACACAGAUCGUAUCGUGUACGGUCUUAUUUUCCAACAACCUUCUUUCAAUCCACUCCAUUUACAGACUUACUACAAUAAGUAUGUAGUUCAAAAGUAUAAGGAUUACACAAAAUGGAAUCAUAAGGUGCAAGCGGUGUUGAACAGACCUAGUUGGAAACCCGAGAAAUAUGUUAAGUUCCAGGAUUUACCUGAAGACCCGAAGAUACACCUCGCCGUGAAGUAUGACGUUAUUCUUCCGAAGUGGUGCAUUGUAUACUUGCUGAGUCACUAUGCUUUGGUCCUGUAUGGGUUUUACCGCCUAUUUUUGAUCCAUUUGAGUAUGUCACCACUCGUAGUACUCGUCCUGGUUCUAUAUAUUUUGGCUUCUUUGACCGUGUUCGGGAUGAUCUUAGACGCAUCACCAAGGGCACCGUUCUUGGAACUCAUCCGAUGCCUCACGCUGAUCGUGAUAACUUCCUUCGUACCGUCAAUACGGCUCAGCAUGUUCUCAAAAAUGUUUUACGUGUCAUCCGCUUUGUUUUGGUUCUUGUUUGUCUAUAAAACGACCGUUAUAAGAGCUGAGAAGAAAGGGGAGUGACUUUGAUUAACAGUAUUUUGUAAGCGUAUGUUAUAAGAAUUCUUUAAUAAUACGUAUAAUAUUGUUAGGAACUUCUCAUUAUUAUGUCGAAAUAAAUUAUACGAAUACCUUA